AUGUCAAUUUUCCAUCCAACGAUUAGUUUUAUUGGAAAAAACAAAGAACAAAACUGUGCUCACGUUAAUUUUUGGUGUAAUUCAUCUCUUCUGCAACCAUGUUGUGAUGCGAAUAACAGAUGCAUACAGUAUUCAAUCGGUAUAUCCGAAUGCGUUAUAGAAGAACCCCAAGAAUUUAAAUCUGAAUUAAUUAAUUCAUCGUGUACCUUUGAUCGAGAUUGUCGACGAUUGCUGCAUGCAGAAUGUUCCGAAGACGAACAAUGUGUUUGCAAGCCAAAAAACGCUUAUCGGAAUAAUAAAUGUCUACCCAUAUUAGGAGAAUUUUGUACGCAUAAUCAUCAAAGUUGCGCAACCGCAUAUUCCGAAUGUAUUAACUUUAAGUGUCAAUGCAAAAAUGGUUAUUCCCAGCGCUCUGACAAUCAAUGCAUGUUAAAUAUUAUUGGUGAAAAUUGUGACGAUGAUGAAUUUUGUUCACAAGAAAUAUCUGAGGAUUACUAUCAGAAACUAAUUCUAUUCUACAGCAAUCAACAUGAAUAUCCCGUCGAUGUCGCGGGCGUACUGACUACAAUUGCUUUCGACCCUGCCCUUGUGUCACGACAGUCUGAGUCAAUAUAG